GAAAAUAUCGGUCAUCUACCUAGAAAGCCAUUCGUUGGUCCAGGCAAUGUGCGAGCGAGAGCAUCGUAUAGUUACAUCUUAACAUAAGCCCAUGUGUUAAAAUGAAUUAGCACGAGUAGUGAAUGUUUUUGUGUGCGUACUCAUCCGAAUACAAGCCCUUUGUCAUUAAAACAAAAAGAUUUAAAACAGCUCACCACGGAUAGAAUAUACGGAUUAUAAUCUAAUGUAAUGUGUGUAUGUUUUACAACACAUACAUACUUUGUGGAACCGUCAAAGUGGCUUGGCAUGCAUACAUACACAAAUAUACAUAUAUAUUUAUAUGUAUAAAUAUAUAUACUUAUAUAGAGAAAAUCAUCUCGCUCGGUAUAGGCAAAAAUUCUUGCAAAUAUUCGGCAAACGACACGAGUGUUCAAUCUUAAUAUAAACGCAGCUGCUGGCAAUGGAUAUCAUUUUUCAACCCUCUGUUUGAUCACAAAAACCACAAGGAUUAAGAUUAAGUCAUUCCUUUUCUAAUAAAUUACAAAAUUCUUAAAAAUUGCCAUAAAUGCUUUUGAGAAUGAAGUUAAAGAUCAAGUGGAUGUUGGAAUAGUAAGGAAUGCUACUUUUGAAGCUGACAAUCAGUUAGAACACUUAAGCACUAUGCGCGAAGCCCUUUUUUCCCAAGAUGGCUGGGGCUGUCAGCAUGUUAACCAGGAUACCAAUUGGGAAGUUCCCAGUUCACCAGAACCAGCCAAUAAAGAUGCUGCCGGUCCACCAAUGUGGAAGCCAAGCAUUAACAAUGGCACUGAUCUUUGGGAGUCCAAUUUGAGAAACGGCGGUCAGCCGACCGCACAGCAAGUUCCAAAGCCGUCGUGGGGUCAUACACCAUCCUCCAACCUAGGUGGAACAUGGGGAGAGGACGACGAUGGGGCCGAUAGUAGUAGUGUAUGGACCGGAGGAUCUGUUAGCAACGCGGUGUCUGGAGCUACAGUGGGAGUAAAUCAAGCCGGAGUUAAUGUCGGCCCAGGCGGUGUGGUUUCGUCUGGCGCACCUCAGUGGGGACAAGGUGUCGUUGGCGUCGGACUUGGAUCAACUGGAGGUAACGGUUCAAGCAAUUUAACUGGAACGUCUGGAGUCGCCACAGGUAGUAGCGGAAACUCCAGCAAUACUGGUAACGGUUGGGGGGACCCCCGCGAAAUACGCCCUUUGGCAGUCGGAGGCUCGAUGGAUAUUCGAAAUGUUGAACAUCGCGGCGGUAACGGUUCUGGGGCAACUUCGAGCGAUCCGCGAGACAUCCGCAUGAUCGAUCCGCGCGACCCUAUUCGAGGAGAUCCUCGUGGAAUAUCUGGUCGGCUUAAUGGGACCUCUGAAAUGUGGGGCCAUCAUCCACAAAUAUCCCAUAACCAGUUGCAAGGCAUCAACAAAAUGGUUGGUCAAAGCGUAGCAACUGCCAGUACAAAUAUAGGAACAUCGAGCUCGGGUAUCGGUCCUGGUGGGCCCGGUCCUGGUACUGUAUCAGGCAAUAUCCCAACACAGUGGGGGCCUGCCCAACCGGUAAGCGUUGGAGUAAGUGGUCCCAAAGACAUGUCGAAGCAGAUAAGUGGAUGGGAGGAACCAUCCCCACCGCCUCAGCGUCGCAGUAUUCCUAACUACGAUGAUGGUACAUCGUUGUGGGGUCAGCAAACUCGUGUUCCCCCUGCAAGCGGUCACUGGAAAGACAUGACUGAUUCAAUUGGUCGUAGUAGUCAUCUCAUGCGUGGCCAAAGCCAAACGGGUGGUAUAGGAUUAGCCGGCGUUGGAAAUAGCAAUGUUCCAGUGGGAGGCAAUCCAAAUAAUCCUAUAAGCAGUGUAGUUGGACCCCAAACUCGGAUUCAAUCUGUGGGCGGCGUGCAACACAAACCAGACGGUGGCGCUAUGUGGGUGCACUCCAGCAACGUAGGCGGCAGAAAUAAUGUACCUGCUGUCACUACUUGGGGAGAUGACACUCAUAACGUUAAUGUCGGCGCCCCCAGCGGUGCAAGUGUAUCCAGCAACAAUUGGGUUGAUGACAAGUCCAACUCAACCCUGGCACAAAACUCUUGGAGCGACCCGGCCCCAGUUGGAGUUAAUUGGGGCAAUAAGCAAAGCAAACCGCCUGCUAACAGUACUUCAUCAGGUUGGAGCACUGCAGCAAGCGUGGUGGAUGGCGUUGAUCUAGGAUCUGAGUGGAACACGCACGGAGGGAUUAUAGGAAAAUCUCAGCAACAACAAAAACUAGCGGGACUCAACGUGGGAAUGGUGAACGUUAUUAACGCAGAGAUCAUUAAGCAAAGCAAGCAAUACAGGAUCCUUGUCGAGAACGGCUUUAAAAAGGAAGAUGUUGAGCGGGCAUUAGUAAUUGCCAAUAUGAACAUCGAAGAGGCAGCCGAUAUGCUCCGUGCCAACUCAUCCUUGUCAAUGGAUGGUUGGCGUCGACAUGAUGAGUCCCUUGGCUCUUAUGCCGACCACACUAGUUCAACAAGCAGCGGUGGAUUUGCUGGUCGUUACCCAGUCAACAGUGGACAACCUUCCAUGUCCUUUCCUCAUAAUAACCUUAUGAAUAAUAUGGCAGGAACCGCUGUUACUGGAGGUGGUAACAACAACGCGAACAUGACAGCUUUACAAGUGCAAAAGUAUUUGAAUCAAGGCCAACAUGGUGUUGCUGUUGGACCGCAAGCCGUUGGUAAUUCGUCAGCCGUAUCUGUCGGAUUUGGUCAAAACACAUCUAACGCAACAGUGGCAGCAGCAGCCUCUGUAAAUAUAGCAGCAAAUACAAACAACCAACCGUCGGGUCAGCAAAUUCGCAUGCUUGGCCAACAAAUUCAAUUGGCCAUUCAUAGUGGUUUCAUAUCUAGUCAGAUAUUGACUCAACCGCUAACUCAGACAACCCUUAAUCUUUUAAACCAACUUCUUAGCAAUAUUAAGCAUCUCCAGGCAGCGCAGCAAUCCCUUGCCCGCGGGGGAAACGCGAAUCCAAUGGCAGUGAAUGUGGCUAUAUCUAAAUACAAGCAGCAAAUUCAGAAUUUACAGAACCAGAUAAAUGCACAACAGGCUGUAUAUGUAAAACAGCAGAAUAUGCAACCAACUUCACAACAACAACAACAACAACAGCCCCAACAACAGCAACAUCCUUCUGUUCAUCUAAGUAACUCAGGCAACGAUUAUUUACGAGGUCACGAUGCAAUAAAUAAUUUGCAAAACAAUUUUUCUGAGCUCAAUAUUAAUAAGCCAAGUGGAUAUCAAGGAGCGUCCAAUCAACAAUCCCGAUUAAAUCAGUGGAAGCUUCCAGUAUUAGAUAAGGAGAUCAACUCUGACAGUGCGGAAUUUUCUCGUGCCCCAGGUGCAACUAAACAAAAUUUGACCGGAAACUCAAGCAACAUAAGCUCUUUGGGUCUUCAAAACGAUAGUACCUGGUCAACUGGUCGCAAUAUUGGGGACGGUUGGCCUGACCCCUCAUCUGAUAACGAGAAUAAAGACUGGUCAGUUGCUCAGCCAACUUCAGCAGCAACUGCUUAUACUGACCUGGUCCAAGAGUUUGAGCCAGGCAAGCCAUGGAAGGGUUCACAGAUCAAAAGCAUAGAAGACGAUCCCAGCAUUACCCCAGGAAGCGUUGCUAGAUCUCCAUUAUCUAUUAAUUCGACGCCAAAAGAUGCUGACAUAUUUGCUACCGGUAAAAACUCACCGACUGAUUUACCGCCACUAAGUUUAUCGUCGUCUACAUGGAGUUUUAAUCCAAACCAAAAUUUUCCGAGUUGGUCUGACAAUAGUCAACAAUGUGCCGCCACUUCAGAGCUAUGGACAAGUCCCCUAAAUAAAUCAUCGUCUCGAGGUCCCCCACCAGGAUUGACUGCCAAUUCAAAUAAAUCUGGAAAUGGAGGAAAUAGUUGUACGUCAACGCCAACGACCAUUACCGGAGGUGCUAAUGGAUGGUUACAGGCUCGAAGUGGCGGUGUUCCAACCACAAACACGACUUGGACAGGUGGUAACACCUCUUGGGGCUCCAGUUGGUUGCUUCUAAGAAAUCUUACAGCACAGAUUGAUGGUCCUACUUUGCGUACAUUGUGUAUGCAGCAUGGCCCCCUUGUUAGCUUUCACCCGUAUUUGAACCAAGGAAUUGCCUUAUGUAAAUAUACAACUCGAGAAGAGGCGAACAAAGCGCAAAUGGCGUUAAACAACUGUGUCCUCGCCAACACCACAAUAUUUGCUGAAUCUCCCAGCGAGAACGAGGUGCAAAACAUAAUGCAGCACUUAUCACAAACUUCUUCCUCUACAAGCUCUAGUGGAACUGGUGCUGGGAACGGCGUAGGCAUCGGCAGUUCAGCCAAUAAUGUAAACAGUGGCUCUGGAGCUUGUCUAUCCGGAAACAAUAGCGGCAACGGUAACGGAAACAGCAGCGCGAGUGGCGCCUGCAGCGGCAACAAUGGCAAUAGUAGUGGCAACAACAGUGGUGGCGGGGGGGGCAGCAGCUGCAGCAACAACACGAUUACCACUGUAGCAAAUUCAAGUCUGCUUGGUUCUAGUGGAGGCUCUGUCUCAAAUUCUUCUGGCGGUUCUGCUAGCUCUAGUACAGGUGUUGUAGCUAGUGGUACAGCGAGUGGUAAUUCCAUAAAUGGGGCAGGGACUGCAAACAGUUCUGUUUCAAAGAGUAGUGCAAACAAUUUACCUAGUGGCCAGUCUAACGCCUCUAACUUAACUAAUAGCACCAAUUCAACCUGGCGUCAAACUAGCCAAAACCAAGCUCUUCAAAAUCAAAGCAGGCCAUCAGGCAGAGAAGCUGACUUUGAUUAUAUAUCUCUCGUUUAUUCCAUUGUUGAUGAUUAAAAGAUCAAUUACCAGUUCCAUUGGUCAUUGGCCAUUGACUAUCGCAUUCUGUGACUCAAGACACACACACACCCAAAAGCUUCAAAUGAUAUGAUACUAAGUAUGUAUGGAAAGCAAGACCAUGUUGUGGGGAAUACAAAAGUGGAUCGACUGAUAGACGAAUGGACUUAGAAUUUUGUAUGCCUGUAGAUUUAUUUUUCUUCAUCGUUCAUAGAUAUAAACUUGUAAAUGUAAGGUUAAAAUUUUACCAAUAUAAAAAAACAUCCGACAUAUAUAUGAUGUUAAAAAAAUGGCAUGCUUGGUGGUUUGCUACAACCAAAAAGCAAACCUUCCUAUUUAAGUAAAGUGUUUUGACUCUGGCUCCCAUAGCUUACCUUGGGAAACGGGAAAAAUUCUCUGCAGUGUAUAUGUGCGCAUGCAAACUCAUAUGGUAAAUUACACAUUAAUAAAUUAUGUAUUGCAACACCUAUACAUAUGUUUAUGGAAAAUAAAAAUUUUCAGUAACGACUGAAGUCGAGUGUCGGUAGCAUUAAGGGACAAAGUCUAAUGUAAUUAUCUAAAUUGCAGCCUGCAUUGUCCAAGAUAUAACAUAUAAUAGAUGCAUUGUAUAUCUUUUGUGUACAUAGAUAUAUGUUAGGGCCACGUCCUAUUUUGCUGCUUGUGCAUAUCGACCAAAUGCCUACUAUUCAUGAGUGUUUUUGUGUUUCCAGUAAGGAAAAAAAUACCUGUGUUAUAUUCAUUAUAGGAAGUUAUAAUCGUAUUACGGUUUUGCUUUCAUUAAAGCAUUCCCACCGAAAAAGUUCGGUUAUACAUUAAAAAAUCACAAUAAAAAUAUCUAAGAAGUUAUUUGUUGCCUUUGAAUAUUGAGCCAGUAUUGUUGUGCUUGGAAAUAAAUUCCAUUAAUAGAUAUAAUGUCUGUUUAGUAAAAGUAAGUGAUUCGAAUUGAACAUUAGUCCGAUGUUAUAAGAUGAGAGGGGCUUCAAUAUACAAAAAUAAAUACGCAAUAAUAACUGGAACGUU